CCCGCGGCCGCCUCGAUGUUCCAGCUGCCCAUCCUCCAUUCCAGCCCCCAGCAAGUGGCCGGGGUCUGCGAGACCCUGGAGGAGAGCGGGGACAUCGAGCGCCUGGGUCGCUUCCUCUGGUCCCUGCCGGUGGCCCCCGCGGCAUGCGAGGCUCUGAACAAGAACGAGUCGGUGCUGAGAGCCCGGGCCAUCGUGGCCUUCCACACGGGGAACUACCGGGAGCUCUACCACAUCCUGGAGAACCACAAGUUCACCAAGGACUCGCACGCCAAGCUGCAGGCCCUCUGGCUCGAGGCGCACUACCAAGAAGCCGAGAAGCUGCGGGGCCGGCCCCUGGGGCCAGUGGACAAGUACCGGGUCCGGAAGAAGUUCCCCUUGCCCCGCACCAUCUGGGACGGGGAGCAGAAGACGCAUUGCUUCAAGGAGCGGACGCGGCACUUGCUGCGGGAGUGGUACCUGCAGGACCCGUAUCCCAACCCCAGCAAAAAGCGAGAACUGGCCCAGGCCACCGGACUUACCCCUACACAAGUGGGCAACUGGUUCAAAAACCGCAGACAAAGAGACAGGGCAGCCGCCGCGAAGAACAGGCUACAGCAGCAGGUCCUAUCCCAAGGCUCGGUGCGCUCGCUGCAGGCCGAGGAGGAGAGCGCAGGGGAGCCGCUGGGGACGGCCUCCAGCCCCGCAGCCAGCCUGUCCAGCAAAGCGGCCACCUCUGCCAUUUCCAUCACAUCUAGCGACAGUGAAUGUGACAUCUGACACUACAGCCAUGACCAACCAGGGGGAGAGAGAUCGAGCUAAACACAGUGCCUGCCUGCCUCCAGAACACCCCGGCUCGCCUGCCCACCCGGAGCCUACCCCAGGCUGCCAAAUUGCCAGGGCGCCAUGACCUAUGAGCACGCCCUUCCCGUGUAAACAGCGAGCGCGUUCCGUCUUAGCCCCGUAGGAGACUCUGUUCACAGAAAUGUGUGUCGCCUUUAUUUAAAAGGAUCUGCUGAAACGAUGCCUCAAAAACAAAAAAUGCCAAGUUGCAAAAUGUGUGAGCGCCUGCCCUGUAUCCCGCGUGGGUAUUUCAUGUUGAAAAGACGCUGUUAUGAUGAUGAUUUUCUUUUUUUCCUUUUUCGCUUUACUUUAAAGGGUUUUAUAUAUAUAUAUAAUGUUUAUUUACUUAUUUAAGGGAUUGCUAUGGUAGGUUUUUCUAUUAUUAUUUUAUUAUUAUUAUUUUAUUUUGGCUUGUUGUCUAUGUGCACAGGUGACUUGUAGAGCAUGUGCAGUAUCGAUACUGUAUGAAGCAGCCUAAAACAAUAAUAAAAUAUUUGGUAAGCAA